ACAUCGUAUAUAUAUACCUUCGAGGGGUCAAACAACUUUCCGUGAGCUGAAGCAGAGACCUCCAUUACAUUCUCUUCUCUUCUGUCUCUUUUAAUUUUUUUUUUUCACCGUCUAAAAGAAGUCUCUUUACGGUUUGCACCAUUUUGAAGUGAAUAUAUAGCUUAAUGGAUGAUGGUCCUGGGAGAGGGAAGAUAAAGAUAGUCCCAGAUCACUUUCAAGUCUUAACUUCUAGUGAGAACUCUUCACAAACCAGUAUUUCAUCUAAUCUGCAGCCAAGAAUUGAUCACUCAAACAGCUCUUGUGGCCGUCUCUGGACAGGAAGUAAAACUGGAAGAAAACUAAGGACUGCUGCAUUCAUGUUGAAUUUGUUUAGUCUGCGGGGGCUGCCAUGGGGUUCUAGCAAUGAUGGUCAGCAAAAGGUUGAGUUGACUGUGGCAGAGUUAGAAUCCCUUCGAUCAGAACUUGCUGAAUUAGAAGAGAGGGAAGCUCACUUGAAAGCCCAGUUGGAACAAGUUGAUGAAAUUCUGCGGUCUGCUCGCUUCUCUGGCUACUUGUACAUUCGAACUAGAUGGACAGCUUUACCUGGGGAGCCUCCCCCAAUUGAUGAUACUGAGGUUGAUGACUGGCUUCCUCGCUUUGUUGUCCUACAUGGGCCUUGCAUCUUCUUUUAUUUGUUGUGCACAGAUUUGAGCCCUCAGGAUUCAACUUUACUAUCCGACAUUGUUGAAGUGGGUUCUUUGCCAAGCUUUACACGAGAAGAUGAUGAGACACGAUAUUCUUUUUAUAUCUUAACUCACCAUGGCCUGCGAUAUGAGUGCUCAAGUAUUUCUAAAAUACAGGUGGAUGCAUGGUUGGCAGCAUUACAAAGUGAGUGCAAGUCUGGGCCGGACGGCAGAUCUGCUUCUAGAGCCACCAGGUCUCUUGUUUCAGCUUCUAAGGGCUCUCGCUUCUACUCUGAAGGACGAGCUGUGGCUGCAGCUGCGGCGGUUUCAUUCAGUGGAAAGGCGCCGUUCUUAGCUUCCGCUUUUGGAAGGACUGGUUCCUCAAAUGCUUCUGCACAAUGGAUUUCUGGAGUCCUUGCAAUUCCUGCUGCAGUUUACAUGCUCCAAGAACAGGAGGCACAUGCUGCUGAGCUGGAGCGCACUUUCAUUGCAAUUAAGCCGGAUGGAGUGCAGAGAGGGCUGAUUGCAGAGGUCAUAUCUCGAUUUGAACGUAAAGGGUUCAAGCUUGUAGCAAUUAAGAUAGUAGUUCCCUCGAAGGACUUUGCUCAGAAGCAUUAUCAUGAUCUGAAGGAAAGACCAUUCUUUAAUGGUCUCUGUGACUUCCUUAGCUCAGGCCCCGUUGUUGCCAUGGUUUGGGAAGGAGAAGGGGUGAUCAGAUACGGGCGGAAACUCAUUGGAGCCACUGAUCCCCAGAAAUCAGAACCCGGAACCAUCAGAGGUGACCUAGCCGUAAUUGUUGGCAGAAAUAUCAUCCAUGGAAGCGACGGACCAGAAACAGCCAAGGAUGAGAUUGCCUUGUGGUUCAAACCAGAGGAAUUGGUCAAGUACACAAGCAAUGCUGAGAAGUGGAUCUAUGGAAACUGAUGGAGAUAUUUGUUUUGACAUUUAAUUCAGGAAUUUAGGUCCCACCGAUAGGGUGGGGGAGAAUCAUAAUUGGUAGAAUAAGAUUGGUUCUGCCAAGGUGAGUGACAAUAUUCCUUCGCUACGAUCAACAAGCGAAGAUUGAAAUUUAGCAAUAAUUUAUUCCACCUUUGUUUUGUCAUGAACUCCAAUCAAUGAUUUAAUGAUAAUACCUAUUCUAAUUUUUGUCUCCA